AUGGACGGGAAGGCGCCGCCGCUCUUCGGCAAGAAGGCGCCCAACCUGAGCUUUGGGCAGUACAUGGCGUCCAAGAUUCGCAAGCUGCGCGGCCAGAACGACGGCAUCGGGCGGCUCGACCGCAUCUUUGACGGCGUCGUGAUCUUUGUCAACGGCCACACCGAGCCGCCACGAGAAGAGCUGCGCCAGCUCAUCUUGCAGCACGGCGGGCAGUACGAAGCGUACCACACGAGCCGCGUCACGCACAUGCUAGCGACGCACGUCGCCGAGUCCAAGCUCAAAGAGCUCUUGCGCGCCCGGAAGCCACUGCCCGUCCUGCACCCCAAGUGGAUCCUCGACAGUAUCGAGAAAGGCCGGGUGUGCCGCACGCAGCCCUACUUGUACGCUGGCUACCGCGCGGUCGGCCAGCAAACCCUGCACCUUGCGCCUACAACGACGACGCCAGCACCAACCACGUUACCAACACCUACCACGUUGCCAGCACCUACCACGUUGCCAGCACCGCAGCCGUAUGCCCUCGCGCCGUCGAUGCCAUCGGCGCCACACGUCAACGCACCAUCUGGACACACCACGGUACCAACGCUCGGACUUUGCCGCCAGCCAGCGCCAGCGAUCGAUUGCUCGUUGAUGCAGCCAUUGCAAACGGGUCACCCGCCGGUAUCCGCCGUGGUAUCAUCACAAUUGCCGGCGCAAGCACCCUCGGUAUCCGGCCCACCGAACGCGAGCGAGCCAACAUCGCCGACACGCAUUGCCAGUCCGCCUCAAGCGCGAAGAAGUCCACCAAAGGGGACGCGUGCGCUCUCGACCCGCGACGGCAUCGCAGCCUUCGUACGCCACUUCUUCGACAACUCUCGGCUGCACCACAUUGGGUCGUGGAAGAGCUUUUUCCAGUCGCACGCGGCCGAGCUCAUGGCGUCGGCGGCACCGCUCGUUGCAUCGCAGUACGGGCACUGCGAGAGCAACGAGCGCGUGAUCUUGCACGUCGACAUGGACUGCUUCUUCGUGUCGGUCGCGGUGCGCAACCUCCCGCCCGUCUACAAGACGGUGCCUGUCGCCGUGGCGCACUCGGGCUACUCGUCGCACGAUACGCCGCAGAAGGGCACGUCGGAAAUCUCGUCCUGCAACUACAUCGCCCGCGCGCGUGGGCUGCGCGCCGGCAUGUUUAUGGAGCGAGCCAAAGGGCUCUGUCCGGAUUUGGUCGUGCUGCCGUACGACUUUGAGGCCAUCGAGCGCAUUUCGUGCGACAUUUACCGUAUCUUCUACCGGUUUACGCCGGCGGUCCACGCCGUGAGCUGCGACGAGGCAUUUCUCGAGUUUCCCAAAGGCGCCGACGGCCUUGCCAUGGCACACGCGAUUCGUGCGGCGAUUUGGGACCAAACACAGUGUACGGCCAGCGUCGGGGUGGCCCAUAACAUUCUGCUCGCCCGUCUGGCGACCAAGCAAGCCAAGCCCGACAAGGUGUUUGCCAUUGCCGCCGAUGAAGCGGCCGUGUACGUCGACCCUUUGUCGGUGCGCGAUCUCCCGGGCGUCGGGCACGUGACCCAGCAAAAGCUGGACGAGCUUCACAUCACCACGUGUGCUGAGCUGCAGCGUUGGACCGUCGCCGACCUCACGCCGCACGUUGGUCCCAAGACGGCGCUGACGCUGCGUGGAUUUGCGCGGGGCGAGGACCACCGGCCCCUCGAGCUGAGUCAAGUGGCCAAGUCGCUUUCGGCCGAGAUCAGCUACGGCGUGCGACUCGAUACAGACAAGGACGCACUCGAGUUUGUGCUAGAGUUGGCCAAGGAGGUGUCGGCUCGCCUAGUGAAAGGAGUGUUCGUCGCGGGCAGUCUCACGGUUAAAGUCAAGACGCGCCAGGAAGGUGCCCCGCUCGAACCGGGCAAGUUUCUGGGUUGUGGCGCCGUCGACACGGUGAGCAAGACGACUCGACUGCCGGCGCCGUCGGCCAAUCUCGCUGACAUUCUUGCGGCCGCCACGUCACUCUGGAAGCAGUUUCGCGUCGUCUGCACCGACAUUCGCGGCGUUGGCAUCCAAGCAUCCAAGCUCAGCAAGACAAACGGCACUGGUGACGCGCCAGCAUCAGUCGCACCAAGCGGCCUCGACCAAUGGGUGCGGCGCGCGCCAGAGGCACCGCCUCUGCCUACGACAACGCCAGCAACUUCAACAUCGGCGAGCUCACUGGCGCUGUCGCUGUCUCAGAUUGACCACGAGGUGUUGGAGACACUGCCUCGCGAGCUGCGAGACGAGAUUCUGACGUCGAUUCCAAAGUCGCGUACGAACGGAGCCCCCGAGAAACAGUGGCCGUCAUCGUACUCGCAGAUCGACACGGACGUCCUCAGCGAGCUCCCGCCGUCCAUUCAGCAAGAGAUCCGUCAGACCUUUCGCAAGCCUGCACAGCUACGCGAUGUAGCAUCCGUCAAGCGCAAGCCCAAGGCGUUCGUCUCUGGCGUGCCCCCCCGGCCCCCCAAACGCCCGACCAGAAGCCCUCCACGCCGUGCGCCAAGCCCUCCGCCGCUGUCCCAGAUCGAUGCAAGCAUUUGGGGCGAGUUACCGCCGUCGAUCCAGCAAGAAUUCGGGCUGCCGAUUCCAGCACAGCCGCGGGAGAACGUGCCACCAACGACACAUCACACAAGGGACGAUGAUGUCGAUCUCGAACGCGCUGUCUUAAAUGCGAUUACACAGCGUCGGCUGGAUGUCGCCGAAGCGCACCUGCGCCGACUCCGGCGCGCGUCUGUCCAGUCCCCAGCGAAAUUCAACGACAUUUUGGCCGCCGCCAACGCCCGCAUUACGGCGGCGUACGGCUGUCCGCUCGGGUCCGUCGCGCCCCUGACGUCUGCAGCGCAUACCAGUGAUUCUUGA